AUGUCUUCGAACUCGCACCCACGCCAUCGCGCAACCACAUCGCAAGGCUCCUUUACAUCACCGCUUCCGCAAACCCCCACGUUCGCCCUACCAUCGCAUCCGCGACCUGCUCCUGCAUCCCGCAGACCGCCCUCAGAGGCCUCAGAUCUAUCCAGCCGUCAUUCAGGCCCCACCAUCCGCAUUGUCGACGAUCCUGGGAACGACGUAUACGACAAAUUUCCAUUGCCCAGUGAACCCUCGCAAAUCCUCCCACCUCCUCGCAAUGCGCCGGGUUACGCGUUCGAAACUCCAGGAUCACGCGUUUCAAGUGGCAGCCGUGUAGCCAAUGCCCUCGCAAAGUUCGAAGCCAUUGGUGCCAGCACUACCCUUGCGCCACAGCCACCCUCCUAUCGCCCAAAGAACACUUUCAGACACUCGGCGUCCACUAACCUGUCUGAAGAUGACACUCUUGUGGACACUUCCAAUUCCCGAUACUCCUUUCGAUAUUCCCAAGGAAGCACGCCCCCGGUUUCGCCUGGCCAGGCUGAAUUAAAGGACUUUGACACGGAGCUGGAAGUACUAGAAGAAGAAACAACGCCUCUGGCUCGAAGGUCCACUAUCCGCGCUGUUCCGCCUUCAUCGUCUGGUGGUGAAUCAGUUGAAAGCCGUCUACGCGCCCUGUCGCCCCAGGAGUCUGUUGCAUCGCUUGCCUCAUCCACACCUCCUGCCUCGCUCGCCUCCCCUAGUAAUGCCGACCGAAACUCGACGGGUGUCAGUCGAUCGCUACCGCAAGAGCACACCUCGUCUGCCGGAUUUGAAGACGGGCAGCAACAGGCUUUCGAUAGUGACUUUUCGCAUCGACAACUUGUAUUGAAGCCAUCCGAGGAGUCGUUUGCAUACUCUGACAUUUCGUCUACCAGCAUCGAACCGAAACAACCCACAUAUUCACCAUCACCAACUAUUCAUGAAGCGAGUACGGCCACCUGGGCAAGCGGAGUCAAAGUUUCCAAUCCUCUCGUACGCGCCCCCACAAACAGCAACCUGUGGGCCGCGUCCCAGAACGCACCGAAUAUCGCUGCUCGAAUGCUCGACCGCGGUCUGGAGCACAACUGGAGCUCCCAGCUCUCGACCAUCGCCUCCGUAUCCGAACGCGACUCUCGAUCAUUCGCACGAGGAUCACGAUCCUUCAGCCCAAGGUCCCAUUCGUCAGACAGUUAUGCGGAAAGAAGUCUGACAAGCCUGCCACGGAGGAGAGGGCAAACUGUUGGGAGCUAUAACUCAUCGUCAGAUAACUACUCGUCCGCGCCUUCUGAGUCGGCAGUCCCCCUGCCGUUAUUUUCGCCCCAACUGCAACCUUCUGGCGAUUACAACGAGAAGAGCUUUGGGGAUGAGGACCUCGACACAGUCUCACCACUACCUCCAUCCAACACGAUUCGCAUGAAGAAUUCGGGAUACUUGCGAAGACAGAACAGCGACACAUCACUGAAUUCGUCACGACCCGGCUCGUCGCAUUCAGAUGUAUCUACUUUCAACCGCAGCAUCAUCCCAGCAUGGGCGAGGGCAUACUACCAACGCGGCGAACGCAUUUCAAUGAUACCAGCUGCCUCAGAAUCGUCUGGCAGCAUACGUUUGGGUACUUCACACAGUGGUCGCACCCACACACCUUCCGAAAGCAACUUUCCAGCACAUAUCUAUCGUCCUAGAAACCGACCGCACCAUCGUGGAUCACACACCGAUAGCAUGUCACUCUCCUCAGAACAGCUGAUUGACGACAAUGGCUAUGCGGCUGGGCAGAUCAGCGGCUGGUCGACACCACAUCUUCGUACCGAUAGGCGCGAACACCCUCGCUACAGUUUCUGGAAAGCACCAUCGAUGGACAAAGAUUUUGGCCAACAUCCUUUCAGCCGACAAAACAGGCAGAUCCUCCUGUUCACCUUGGGAUUCAUUUUCUUCCCAGCCUGGUGGAUUGCCUCCUGCUUGCCGCUGCCAUACGACCCGACUUCAGUAGCGAUCGAGAGUCAAGUCGAGUUCGAGCAGCAGUAUGCACAACAGAUUGCGACAAUCAACGAUAAGGCAUUCCAGAAAGCCACCUGGUGGCGCAACCUGAACAGGGUGAUGUCAGGGGUGGGAACGCUCUUAGUUGGUGUGAUCGUUGCACUAGGCAUCCUGGCUUCCAGGAUGUAA